AUGGCGGAGAAGAGUUACAUCAUAGAGGUAGAGAAAGGCACGCCUGCCACUGAAGGAAACCCCUCGAUCGGCCCUGUUUAUCGCAGUAUCUUCGCCAAGGAUGGAUUUCCUGCUCCGAUUCCAGGACUUGAGAGUUGCUGGGAUGUUUUCCGGAUGUCUGUGGAGAAAUAUCCUAACAAUAGGAUGCUUGGUCGGCGUGAGAUUGUGAAUGGCAAGGCUGGUAAAUAUGUGUGGCAAACUUACAAAGAAGUGUAUGACCUUGUAAUAAAGCUUGGAAAUUCAAUCCGCAGUUGUGGUAUUGAGGAAGGAGGAAAAUGUGGUAUUUAUGGUGCCAACUGCCCAGAGUGGAUUAUGAGCAUGGAGGCUUGCAAUGCUCAUGGUCUCUAUUGUGUUCCUCUCUAUGACACAUUAGGUGCUGGUGCAGUGGAAUUCAUUAUCUGCCACGCCGAAGUCUCGAUUGCUUUUGUAGAGGAGAAGAAGAUUCCUGAGCUAUUUAAAACUUUCCCCAACUCAACAAAAUACUUGAGAACUAUUGUGAGCUUUGGCAAGGUUACACCUGAACAAAGAGAAGAAGUUCAGAAGUUUGGAGUGGCAAUAUAUGACUGGGAUGAAUUUUUUAAAUUGAGUGAAGAUAAACAAUUUGACCUUCCGGUAAAGAAGAAAAGUGACAUAUGUACAAUUAUGUACACUAGUGGAACAACUGGUGAUCCUAAGGGUGUAUUGAUAUCAAACGAGAGCAUCGUAACUCUCAUAGCAGGGGUGAAUCGCUUACUAGAGAGCGUCAAGGAAGAUUUGACAGAGAAGGAUGUAUAUCUUUCUUAUCUUCCUCUGGCCCACAUCUUUGACCGGGUGAUAGAGGAGUGUUUUAUUCAACAUGGUGCAUCAAUUGGGUUCUGGCGUGGGGAUGUCAAAUUAUUGCUUGAAGACAUAGGGGAACUAAAACCAACCAUUUUCUGCGCUGUCCCCCGUGUAUUAGAGAGAGUAUAUUCAGGUUUGCAGCAGAAGCUUUCUGCUGGGGGUUUCUUCAAGCAGACUAUAUUCAAUGCUGCAUACAAAUUCAAAUUUUAUAACAUGAGAAAGGGACGUGGACAUGUAGAAGCAGCUCCAAUUUGUGACAAAAUCGUAUUUAAUAAGGUAAAGGAGGGACUGGGAGGAAAUGUGCGUCUCAUUCUAUCUGGGGCAGCACCUCUUACUACUCAUGUAGAAGCCUUUCUCCGUGUGGUGGCAUGCUGCCACGUACUUCAAGGAUAUGGUCUGACUGAAAGUUGUGCGGGGACUUUUGUCUCAUUGCCAAAUGAACUGGCAAUGCUUGGUACAGUGGGUCCACCAGUACCGAAUGUGGAUAUACGCCUUGAAUCUGUUCCUGAAAUGGGAUAUGAUGCUCUUGCAAGCGCACCACGUGGAGAAAUUUGUAUAAGGGGAAACACCCUAUUUUCUGGCUACUACAAACGUGAUGACCUCACCAAAGAGGUCCUGAUUGAUGGGUGGUUACACACAGGGGAUGUUGGUGAAUGGCAACCAGAUGGAAGCAUGAAAAUAAUUGACCGCAAGAAGAACAUUUUCAAGCUUUCCCAAGGAGAGUAUGUUGCAGUUGAAAACUUGGAGAACAUUUAUGCUCUUGCAUCUGGUAUUGACUCGAUAUGGGUUUAUGGCAACAGCUUUGAAUCUUUCCUUGUUGCUGUUGUUAAUCCCAAUAAGCAAGCGCUUGAAAGUUGGGCUGAAGAGAAUGGCAUAAGUGGCGACUUCGAUUCGCUCUGUGAAAACCCCAAGGCAAAGGAACACAUACUCGGAGAGCUCACUAAGAUUGCAAAAGAAAAGAAGUUGAAGGGAUUUGAAUUUAUAAAAGCCAUCCACCUCGACCCAGUGCCAUUUGACAUUGAACGUGACAUCCUCACUCCGACCUAUAAGAAGAAGAGGCCCCAGUUACAGAAAUACUAUCAGGAUGUUAUUGACAAGAUGUACAAGAGCGCUAACAAGGCAUAGAACUUUUCUUAUUGCAUCGGGAGGAUGUUCUCCUAUUUUCCCUGGUGCUUACCCACUCUGCUUUGAACAUUUUUUUUCUUUUUUCCUCGAUGGUGAUUGUGCAUACGGGCUAUUCAUAAACCAUCUGGUUAUUUCAACUCUUAAUUUCCAACUCCAAA